UGUGUGAGAGAGAGAGAGUGUGUGUGUGUGUGUGUGAGAGAGAGCGAUCUGCGCAGGGAGACGGAGCUUCGCGUCUGGAAAACAGCAUCUUUCCCUUCACUCUGCUCCUCCCCUCUUCCUUCUCGGCAUCUCUCCCACGCUCCAAAGCUCAACCUUCAGUUUCCCGGAUCCUCCCAAAUUCUCCCGAGCUGAGCUGAGGUGGGCGUGUGGAGCCUCUGACCCUCUCUCGCCCACUCUCUUUCUCUGUCUCUCCCUCUUUGCUACAGCUACAGGGGGCUAUGGAUGGACUGCGUUUACCUCCACUCAUCGAGGAGGCUUUGGACUCUACAGGCAUCCCUUUCUAAUAUCGCUGUCAUCUUUUCAUCAGAUGACCCUUGCGAUCUGAAAGCAGAGUGCAGCCCCACCAUGGACAAAGAGAUGACAGCAAAGGAGAGAUGCGUUCUGAAGAACAACGAGAAAGAAGAAAUGGACCAGGACAGAGCUCAGGAGGAGGAGGAAGAAAAGAAGUUGAAGGAGGAGGAAGGUGAAGGGGAGGAGAAGGGAAAUCCGGAGCAGGAGCCGCUGACAGAGGAGCAGGAGCUGGAGGAGCUGAGGGCCCAGGUGCUGCAGCUGCUGCUUGAACUGGACGACGCCAGAGAUACCUCCAACAAACACCAGGAGAGCUUCCAUGAGCUGCAAGGUCUGUUGGAGGAUGAGCGUCUGGCCAGUGCCCAUCAGGCUGAAACCUUCACACGUCAGAUCCAGAAUCUCCAAGCCCAGCUGCGUUCUGUGCAGGAGGAGAUGGACAGCCUAGAGGAGGAGAAGGAAAGCGAGCUGGCCGAGGCCCAGGAGGAGCUGCGCAUUGCUCAGGAGGAGGUGAUCCUGCUCCAACAGGCGGCGGAGGAGGCAGCAGCAGAGAGGGAGAACGACAUCGCCUCACUGCAGGAGGAGCUGUGUCGCCGGCGGGCCGAGCUUCAGCGACUCAGCGAGGAGACCCAGGAGUACGAGUUGGAGAUCACCACGCUGAGAGCUGAGAUCAGCAUGAAGAGUCAGCGCAGAGACGCCGAGAGGAAAGAGGGUGACGUGGACCUGCUGAAGGAGGAGUGCCGUGUUCUGAAGGAGGAGUGUCAGACCCUGAAAGAAGACAACAGACGUCUCUCUGAGAGGCUGCAGCUGCUGCAGAGACAGAGGACAUGCUCCAGUGUCUACCUGUCACUAAAAGAGGAGGAUGCAGAGGAGGGCACAGAGGGGAAGGAGAUAGGACUUGGCUCGGAUGAGGUCUUGACAGAGAGUUACAUGACCAUGGCCCAGUCCGAGAACUGUCGCCUCGUGGACGCGUCCAUCCAGAAGAAUAUUUCAUUUGAUGGAAAGCCCAUGACACCAACCGGCUGGAACGGAGGCAUUGGGGAGAUCUUCUCCCUGAGGGACCAGCUCAAACAGGCAGAGGAGAAGGCCUCACAGGUUCAGAGAGAGUGUAACGGUCUGAAGAUGGAGCUGCAGGAGCUGCAGGUACUGUAUGACUGCAGCCAGAGGGAGAGAGCAGAGCUGGAGGAGGAGCUGCAGCGCUGCAAGGCAGAGCUGGAGAAGCUGUCAGGGGGGGCUCAGAGAUUCAUCCAUGCGUCUGAGCACCCUGUUCUCUCCAUCCCCUUCUUAGGAAUAAUUGUAAUAUUGGCUGUGGUCUGGUGCUGGUUGUCGGAGCUGGCGUCCCAGAGGGCAAGGGGAGUGAGGUAGGUUGGAACUCCAUUUUGACUAUCACUGCAGCCACAGCAGUGCUACUAAUGAUGACUAGCUUGUUGAGAGCCCUCGUCCGAUGUUGACUGGACGGGCAACAACUGCACAAGGACAGACGUCUGCUUCAGACCAGCCCUUGUUCUCUCCUGCCAUGUCUAUAGACUGAACUGGAUUUCUCUUAAUGUGAUAGAGCUGACAGUGGUGUAGUACGAAAUGUAUGGGAAAUGUUUUCGCUGAUGAAAAGGUAUUACAUGCACUGAGAAUGAUGCGCUCAGCCUCAUUUAAGACUGAAGAUGAUGAUGAGUUGACCUGCAGAGAGUCCACAUGAGGACUGAGCUCACACCACUAAAUGUAUGCUAGUGCUUUGUCACUCUUAAUCUUUGUCUGUGAAUAUUAUUUUUCUCUCCUUUAGCUAACAAUGUGAUACAAAUGAAGGUUUUGAUUAUUAAUGCACCAACUGGUUUUCAAAUUAUGGAACCAUUAUUUAUUUAUUUGCUUGUUUGUUUGUUUGUUUAAAUAUUUAAUUUCAUAGUUACAUAGUUCAUAGUGGUCUCUGAUAAUAAUGACAACUCCGGAGUCUGGAAAAUUAAUCCACUGAAAUCGAUGAUAUGUAGGCCAAAAUAUGCUCUUUAUAUUAACAAAAUGAGCAGGUUGUAAAUGAGUUGACUAUUAACUUCUUGUUGCUUUCCCCUAAAUACUGAAUGCAAUAUAUUCCACGUACAACAAAACAGAAUUAAAUGUCAAAAAAUCUCCAUGAAUUAACAUCAAC